CUUUUUGGGAAAAUGUCUCUUCCCCUUCUUCUCUUCUGUCUACUUCCGGCAGCCUUCUCCGCCGCAUCGCCACCCCUCCUGCCGGAAUAUUACGCCAAAUCAUGUCCAAAUGCAGAGCUCAUCGUCAGAUAUGUCAUGACAAAGGCGAUGAUCAGAGAACCAAGAAGUGGAGCUUCUGUCAUGAGACUUCAAUUUCAUGAUUGUUUCGUAAACGGAUGCGACGGUUCGUUGUUGUUGGAUGAUACUCCGACGAUGCUGGGGGAGAAACUUUCGUUGUCCAACAUAAAUUCGCUCCGGUCGUACGAGGUUAUCGAUGAAAUCAAGGAAGCUCUUGAGACGGCCUGCCCUCACACUGUUUCUUGUGCAGAUAUCGUUAUCAUGGCCGCUAGAGAUGCUGUUCUUCUGAGUGGCGGUCCGAAUUGGGACGUGAAGUUAGGACGGAAAGACAGUUUAACCGCGAGCCAAAAGGAUUCCGACGACAUAAUGCCAAGUCCCCGAGCCAAUGCAAGCAUGCUCAUUGAUCUCUUCGCCAGAUUCAACCUCUCCGUCAAAGAUUUAGUCGCCCUUUCGGGUUCUCACUCAAUCGGCAAGGGUCGUUGCUUUUCCAUCGUGUUUCGGCUAUACAGCCAAUUGGGCCCGGGCCAACCGGACCCCAGCAUCGAGCCAAAGUUUCGAGAAAAGUUAGACCAACUAUGCCCGCUUGGCGGUGACGGAAAUGUGACUGGCGGUUUGGACUUCACCCCUCAAGUGUUUGAUAAUCAAUAUUUCAAGGAUUUGGUUAACGGGCACGGCUUUCUUAACUCCGAUGAGUCGUUGUUUACGUACGUAAAAACACGACCGUAUGUUCGUCGGUAUAGUGAAGAUGAAUCGGAGUUUUUUAGGGAUUUCGUAGAGGGGAUGAUAAAAUUGGGUGACUUGCAAUCAGGGCGGCCGGGGGAGAUCCGGCGGAACUGUAGGGUGGUUAAUGGGCGGGGGCGGCGGCCGGUGGAUGUGGUGGGUGGCGGAUUAAAGGACAGGAAAAUCUUUGGAUAUGAAAGGUAAUUUGAUUAAUAAUAUGUAUGUAGAAAGUAGGAGAAGAGAUGAUUUAUCGCAUCUGUUAUCGUAUUUCUGAUGUUUUUAAAAGAUGUUUGUGGAAGUAAUCAUAUAUAUAUAAUCGAUAUUUGUGUUUUAAAUUA